AUGCCCAGACUUGGACCAAAGGCCACAGAGAUAAAACAACAACUGUCUAUCCCUAAAGGUGUGCCUACCAAAAUUCAGUCCUUUGAUAAAUUGAAUGUUAAAAAGCUUCAUGUUGGCCUAAGACACUCAGCAGCUAUCUCAAAUGAUGGAAAGUUGUACACCUUCGGAAGUGGUAACUGGGGUCCUUUAGGUCAUGGAUCUGAAAAAGAUGUUCGCUUUGAUAGUCCAUAGAUGGUUGAGUAUUUCGAUAAGAAAAAUAAAAAGAUAGUAGAUGUCGCUCUAGGUGAAUAUCACACAGUUGCUCUCACCUCUGAAGGAGAAGUUUAUACUUGGGGCUAUGGUGGUAAAGCCACUUUAUUCAAUUGGAUGAUAACUCAAGAAGUAGGAGCACUAGGUCACGGCGAUAAAAAGCAUCAUUUCUAUCCAAAGAGAGUAGAUUUUUUCGAUCAACAUGGAAUUAAGAUAUAAAAGAUUGUAGCAGGUCUCUACCACACUAUCGCUAUUUCAACCACUGGGGAUCUCUAUACUUGGGGAAGAGGAUAAUUCGGAGUAUUGGGAAAUGCAAGUAACUAAUACAGUCUUAUUCCUAUGUUGAAUGAUGAGUUUAGAAUGAUGAAAGAAACUAAUCCCGAUAUUAAAAUAAUGAAAAUCGAUUCAGCUGAUGAAUACUCUGCAGCUUUGAUGAGUGAUGGCUAACUGUAUGUUUGGGGUAAAAAUGAUAGAGGGCAACUAGGAACUGGAAACAGUAUUGGCAUUGACAUGAUUGAAUCAGAAAAUGUGCCAGUAGCAAUUAAUGUUAUUGACAACAAAGACAAGUCUCAUUUGGUCAAGGAUUUCCAUCCUGGUUAAAACACAAUGAUUAUUUAAGACUUAGAAGAUAACAUUUAUAAACUUGGUAUGAAACUUGAUUAUUAAGCUAAAUAUGUUGAUAUUUUCAACGAAGAAUUCAAAAAGGAAGAUGUAAAGCAACUUAGUUGUGGAAGAAAGCAUUACGUAGUCCUCAACAAAGAGAACAAGCUUAUGGUUUGGGGAAAUGUUUUCAAAGAAAAGCCAUAUAUUUGGAGCAUUGGUUGA